AUGUUCCGUCGAUCAUUGACCGUUUCCUACUCACCGUUCCGAAACAAUUAUGUCACGCUACCGGAUAGUUACUACCGGAUGCUUUCAAGCUAUAAAAACGGGUGUCUCUGCUUGACGCAUCGUAUCGAUACGUUCUACGUUUCGUGGGCACCGUAUGGGGGUGGAGGGUUGCCAGAGAACCACAUCGGCAUCAACGCGCAAGUAGCCAAAUCGAUGGGUCUUAAGGAAGGCGAUGCCGUGAUGGUCGCGAUGAUCAUAGACGUACGAUCGCUAAAACGGGUAGAGGUGAGCGCAGUGAGCGAAAAAGACUGGGAAAUGUUGCAAAUCAGUAGCAGUCGAAUUCAAUCAAUAUUGCUCGAUCAAACGAGGAUCGUUACAAAGGGACAGAAUUUAAUCGUAUGGAUAAAUGAUUCCAUAAGCAUUAAAAUACGAAUAAAAUUUACGAUCCCCGCCCUACCAUUUGGUAGAUUGGAGAAUGAUACCGAGCUUGUGGUAGAACCGUUCAAAAAGCUACCCGUACUGAACAACACCGUGCCUGCAAUUCCGAAACUAACGCGCAGUAGUACCAAUCUGAACAUCGCAGAACUUGUCCGCCAGCGGAACAUGGAGCGAAAAAAGUCUAGCGAAUAUAUAAGCGCACUAGAAAAUGGAUUGUCUUCGGCCACAAUUGCAAGCACACCUUUGCUAGACGCCGGAAUAGUUUCUACGGCAGACAGCCACAAAAAGCGACCCAUGUCGUGGCAGAAAUCAUCGGAAGGAAACAAGGAAAACGGCAUCCUGGGAGCAGGCAACAAUCUAAAGAACGCUCUGCAACGUUCGUCCACGAGUGGCAGUAACUCAUCAUCCGGCUCGAUAGCGGCAAUGAGUGCCCAUACCGCAGUGCGGAAUUCUUCCUUCGAAAAGGAUCUCGAACGUCAUCUGAACCGUUUGCAGACGAGCAAAUCGAUGGCAAACGUUAUGGGCUAUGAAUCAUCAACGCCCAAAUCGGAAAGCCCUAUCGCCAGUCCGAAACGGGAACCGACCAAAACAGUUCACCUGGAUGGAUUGAUCGAAACGCUCGGUCAGAAUGUGGCAAAGGUGUACGAAUUCCGUGUCAUUCGUGGGGUAUGGAAUUGUCGUCGUAGUACCACACAGUUGUGUGACAUACUGACCACCAAAGAAAAUGUCCCCAACACGAUGGACAUCAACAAACCGUUCCUGCUGACGACGAACGACAAUCUCGAGUACUACGUGAAUGUACGGUUGGCACCGGACACGGAACGAUUCCCAACGAAUGUCUAUCCCACGGUGGAGAUAAACGAUCGGCUGAUGGAACAGCUGGAAAUCAAUCAAGGGGAGAAAAUCACACUCAAACCCAUACACAACGCGCUAAACAUAGUGGAUCGAAUCGAGCUGCUUUCGGUGACAAAAGUGGCACCCUUAAUUGAAGAAGAUAUAGCAGAAAAGUUCAAACAGUUUGUGCUGCACAACUCCAAAAUACAUGCGCUGCUGCUGAACCAAGAUCAACUGUUCAAACUACCGGAAUAUUAUCUAACCAUUCGGUUGCAGCCACAAUCGCUCAAGUACUGUCUAAUUAACAGUACCAUACUGCGACACAGCAAAAUAAGCUGUGUCGGUGAGGUGAAACCGGUGGCUGGUUUAUCGGAUUUGGAUACGAACAAAAAGAAACCUCCUGCCAUCAAGGAAUCGGAUCCGGCCGAACAGGCCAAGCUGGUGAAGAUAGAGAAAAUCGAACGGAUCAUUGAAGAGUGCACCGAUCGGUUAAAGUAUGCACUUUGUUUAGAUGCACGGAGUAAUGUACGGCAGCAGUGUAAUAUGUUUAUUGCAGGUUCCUCGCAGAGUGGAAGGAAAACUGUGUGUGAAGAUAUAUUAAAACGACUGGCAGAAGCACCUUUCUACUGUUUCUCGACCACUUUCGAUUGUGCCAAACACAAGGGACGAAAGCCCGACUCAAUUCAGAAGGAUCUGCGUCACGCUCUCUACUUAUGUAUGUUCCACAGUCCGGCUGUGCUUUUUAUGGAUGGAUUGGACGUGCUAACGCAUCAACCAGGCGACCAGAACACGCCCGAUGCUGAAUAUCACAAUAAAGUUUCGGAUGUGAUACGUAAACAAAUCGAAGAGUUUACCAGCAAUAAUCCGAUCACUGUGAUCGCAUCGAUCAGCAGCUCGUCGAAUCUAAACCGUCGGCUUCAUUCGUCCCGUGGCUAUCAUCUGUUUCAGCUGCUCGUAAAGAUACCGAACCUCGAUAAGGCGGACCGGGAGGGUGCACUGAAAGGUUUGUUCGUGCACCGGCAGUGCAAGCUCGAUCGUCGUAUCGAUUGGAAGCGGCUCGCUAACCAAACCGAGGGUUACGCGAUCGGUAGUCUCGUGCAGCUGGUUGAUCGUGCGGUUUUCUACGCAUACAAACAGGACAGUAAAUUCCCAUUCGUCACGGAGGAAAUGGUUGCCAAUGCGCUGGACGUAACGAAUCAGUACUGUUUGGUGGGGAUAGAAAAUCACAAACAGUCCAACCAGAUUGAUGAGGAUGAUGCGGAUGAUGAUAUCGCUGGCGAUAAAAUACCGGGUCUGGAAGGUGCGAUCGAAGUGUUCCAGGAGGUGCUAAUGUGGCCGACAAGAUUUCCGAAAAUCUUCGAAGCUUCGCCGCUUCGCAAUCAGGCGGGUAUACUACUUUUCGGACCACCGGGUACGGGUAAAACGUAUCUUGUAUCAAAAUUGGCGAAAACGUGGAACCUACGAAUGAUCUCGGUGAAAGGACCGGAACUGCUAGCAAAGUACAUUGGCCAAAGCGAGGAAAAUGUGCGCAAUUUGUUCGAUCGGGCAAGAAGCGCGAAGCCUUGUGUGCUGUUCUUUGAUGAGUUUGAUAGUUUGGCACCACGCCGUGGACACGAUUCGACCGGUGUUACUGAUCGUGUUGUUAAUCAGCUGCUGACGGAGUUGGACGGCGUGGAAGGACUGCAGGGUGUGACUGUGAUAGGUGCGACAUCCCGUCCUGAGCUACUCGAUCCGGCGCUGCUACGCUCUGGUCGUAUCGACCGCUUGGUGGAAUGCACUCUUCCGGGUGUGACUGCUCGAUUAGAGAUUUUUACCAAUCACGGUAAAUCUCUUUCCCUUGACAAGGACGUCGAUCUACGCGAGUUUGCAGUGAAGUCGGAAUACUACACUGGCGCGGACAUAAGAAGCAUUUUAACAACGGCUAACAUGUUGGCGGUACAGGAAUGUCUUAGCAUCAAUCCAGAGAAAGUACCGGAGCAGAUAACGGUUAGCCAGCGGCAUCUAGUGGAAGCGUUUAGCAGCACGAGACCAUCGCUUACCGCAAGGGAUGUGGCAAAAUACAGGGAAACUUACGCACGGUUCACCAACAAAGAACCACCCUCGCGGGACUUUGUCGCUAAACGUGCCACAUUAGCAUAA